AUGUUAGGAAAAUGGUCCGGAAAAACAAAAUUUUCAAUCGAAAUCUUCCAGUAAUUCUUACCAAGAUCAAAGCACCGAGAUUUGAGCAGAGUCGAAGAAAUCACUAAUGAAAACUCUCCUCAAGUAGUCGAGUUACUUCGGACAAUCGGGGAAGGUUUAAUAUGAAGCGAGCAAAAUCAUCACACUUUUUUUCAGUAUUCCAUAAAUAGAUAUUUCCGCGUCAAUGCUAUGGAAUCUCUAUUAAUAAAGAUUUUAUUUCUUCAAAACAAUCGAGAAGUUUCUAUCCAGCUCAUCCAGACUGCAAAUAUGCUAAUUCAUAACUUAAGCCAAAUAGAAAGUCUCAUCUUUUUACUAAAGACUCAAUUCUAUGCAGAAAUUGUAAGUUAUCCUUUUGACUUUACAGAUGACGAAAUCAUUGAAAACUAUUUAUCGCUGCUGAAAGGAAUUGCAAUAAAUCUUGACCCAGUUUUAUUACAAAUUUUUAUAAUUGAAAAGGAAUUUAGAUUAUAUACAGGAGCACUUAUGUUUUUGAAUUAUAAAGAAGCAAUGAUAAGGACUGGGGCAAGGACAGUGAUUUUGACUAUCUUAAAGUGUAAUAUAUAAGUAGUGGAAGAUCCCAGGAUAUCAGAAUACAUAAUUGAGUCGGGGUUUUUUAACUGUUUAGUAUCUUCUAUUAGAGAAGAAUGAAUUGGCUUGAAUGGGAGAAUUAAUUCGAAAAUUGAUUUUGAAGGUGCAACUAAUAUUAUUACAGAUAAUCUUGAUAAUUUGUUAUAUGUGAAUGAUAUAUUUGAAAUAGGGAGAGAAGAAUUCAAUAAGGAACUUGCUGACUAUUUCAUGAAAAUUGCUAUGUUUCCGGUAAUUGUAGGAGGAAUUGGAGCUAUAGAAAGAAAAGAAUAUCAAACUUCAAUUCCGGUUUCUUUAUUUUUAGCAAGCCAAAUCAUGAAAAUAAUAAAAUAUUCAAUCGUGCAAAAUUGCCUACUCCUUCUCUCUUAGUGAACAAGCAACUGGAAAAGUCUUUCAUUUUGGAAAUUAAUAUAAGCGAUCCAGAAUUUAUUGAUAUAAAAUAUUUUGAUAAACAGAUAAAUGAUUAUUAUAAAAGAUAGCUAAUCAUAUUUAAUUUAAAACAUAUUGUAAUAUUAAGUAUAAUCUAAUAUACAAAUUUUGUAAUUUAUUUUGUGUUUUCAGAUUAAUUUUUUUAAAAAAAAAUCCUAUGUGAGGAAAAAAAAAUUUAAACUCAUGAAAGGAGAGCUAGCUUAUAUUUUAUUUUCUGAGAAUCUUGAAAGUUCUGUGCUCAAUUUAGCUUUAAAUCCUGAACCUUUGGUAGAAAUCCAAAGACGAAAAAACGAACAAAAAGAGGAAAGAUAUUGAUAUUUCAUAAAUUCUUUAAGUUAUCUGCAAAUCACAUCAAAUUCUUUACCAAAUCCUAUAAGAAGCGAUUUAUAUGCAUUUUUAAGAUCAAAAGAUAGCACCCUAAUUACCCUUUCCUUACUAUUAAUUAAAUAAUAAAUAUGGUGGUGGAGAUGAAAUAUGUCCUUGAAGAUAAAUCACUUUGGGCACCAAAGUCGCCUAAGCCAAGGUUCAGGCCCUUUAAUCCUAACCCUUAGCUUCCAAGAGCGGCUGUAUGGGAUGGGUAAACCUUGGGAGUCAGCUGGCCGCUAUUCCAGUCCAGGUAAUAGUUAUUCGAAUGCUUUUGGGCCACGAGUCCUUUUCCUACCAGUUCCGGAAGGCUGUGGUUCUUUUUUCUGGGUUUCAGCUCCUCUCAAGGUGGCUGGCAGGAGUUAUCGGGCUACUAGCACUUGAAUGAUAUGGAGCAAGAGGAAUCUUCCUAACCCGUCGAGACUCACGGAUAUCGGUGCAAGCCCUAGAUCUCGGAUAUUGAGAUAUUGUUCACGCGACUGAAUUCCCUCCUGCAAGCAGGCUCUGGUGUUCGCAAGCGUGCAGAGGGAUCAAACGGCUUUAAACCAUUUUAUUUACUAUUAAUUUACAGCCUAUUGUCAAAUAAAUGAGUUGCAAAGGAAUUCCUUUUAGCUAAUGGCCUUCUCACAGAGAAAUCAGAAGAAGAGCCUAUCUCAGCAGAGCAAAACAGCAAUACAAACAUAAGCUCCCAAAUUUAUAAUUUAUUCGAAAAAUGCAGGUCAGACUAUUCUCCUGCUUUUUUAGAUCAGGCAAUCACAGAUGCAAUAAAAAAUUUGCUCUACAAAGAGCAAGAAGAGACCUGAAAAGUAAACGAAACAUAUGAAAUGGGUGACAGGAUGUGCGAAAGAUGCAUAAUGAAAAGAGGAAACUCAAUGGGUGUCAAAUAUUUUGUUGAAGACCCAAAAUAUUUCAUUUUAGUUGAGCCUGAUCCGAUGAAAAUUAAUUUUGCGAAAGUCGAAUUGAUGAUCCAUUUAAAAUAUGUGGAUGCGGAAAUCAGUAAUAGUGAUAAGAAGAGCUUGAUUUUAGGAUUGAGGAAACAGAUAGGGAUGGAUAUGAUUGUUUUGGAUUUUGAUGAUCAAAACACAGCUAGGUGGAUAAAGAACCAUAUAGAUGACCAGAGAAAUUCGGUUAUUUACUAUGAAGCAACACUUAUAGAGAAUUUAUUGGAUCAAUAA